AAUGGGUGAAAUUUGAGGAGCUCCUCCCAGCUGCAUCUCACCCCGCUUCAGAUGCCGCGAUGGGAGUUGAGAUGUCUUGUUUUCAAGAUAGAAAAGGCAACUGUUAGCCCAAUGUAGAACAGAAUAAACCACUCUCUGCUACUUAAAUUGCAACCUGAAUUACUCCCUGAGUCCCCUCACGCCCCGACAACCACCUUCAUCAUGACAAUCACCCACUAUCCCACCCCCCUCACAACCCAGAUCGAGAACCCUCGACUGAGGCUCCUCAACAAGCUCAAAACUGGCGACUUCCCACUGUUAACAUUCAUGGCCAUCCCCUCCGUCCGCAUGGCCCAAAUCGUCGCACUGACAGGCCUCGACGGCAUCAUAAUCGACUGCGAGCACGGCCACAUCGGAGAUGAUGCGAUGCAUAAUUCCGUCGCCGCCAUCUCAUCCCUCGGAGUAUCGCCCAUAAUCCGCAUCCGCGGCCCCGCCCACGACAUCAUCAAGCGUGCACUUGACACCGGCGCGCAUGGCAUCAUGGUCCCGCAGAUCAACAACGCCGAGGAAGCGCGGCAGAUUGUUGCUUCGUCCAAGUUUCCGCCACAGGGUGUGCGUGGGCAGGGUUCUGCUUUUCCAGCUAUUGGUCAUGGUCUCACAACGCCUGAGUAUAUGCGGUCUGCGAAUGAGACGAUUGUUACCAUGAUUCAGAUUGAGACUCGUGCGGGUGUGGAGAAUGUCGAGGAUAUUUGUGCUGUGCCGGGUGUGGACCUCGUGUUUAUCGGUCCUAAUGAUUUGGCGCAGUCUUUGUUGGGAUACACGCCUGCGCGCGGAGACGAGCUUGAGUUUGUCGAUGCUGUGGACAAGAUUAUUACUGCGGCACGGAAGCACGGCAAGUGGGCGGGUCGUAUGGUCAAUAAUGGCGGUAUGGCGAAGGAGGCUAGGAAGAGAUAUGAUAUGGUCGCCAUUACGGGCGACACAAAGGCAAUCCAAAAUUGGUAUAUGGCCGAGUUUGAUAUCGCGCGGUCAUGAGAAGGAAGUGUAAUUAUCAUGUAAUUUUGAGAUAGAAUAAGAUGCUCAUAAAAUUGAUGUUCA